AUGGAGGUCUCUGCCUCCGGCGGCUCCAGGUUCUGCAUCGACUCCCUGCUCUCCCUGCGGCCGCCCGGCGCGCUCCUCUCCCGGGCAGACCCUCCGGAGCUCAGCCCGGGAGCCAGCAGCGGCUGCUCGGCGCCUCCUUCCCCGCGGAGAGAGCCUGUUCCCCGGCCGGGGUCUGUCCCGCUGCCCGGUCGGCUCCAGAGCCGCUCCGUCAGCUCCUCCUUCCUGAUCCGGGAUAUCUUAGCGGACUGUCGGCCUUACUCUGACCCGGGACAGGCUGAGCCGUUCCAGUCCGGACCGGAUAGAGACUGUCAGGACAAGAGUCUCAGCGGCUGCUCUUCUGACAGCGAGUACAGAGUGCAGGACGGGAACUCGGACCCCGCCGCCGGCCGCCUGAAGAAACCCCGUAAAGCUCGGACUGCGUUCAGCGACCAGCAGCUGUCGAGGCUGGAGACAAGCUUCCAGAAGCAGAAGUACCUGAGCGUCCAGGACCGCAUGGAGCUGGCUGCCUCACUGCAGCUCAGCGACACCCAGGUCAAGACCUGGUACCAGAACCGGAGGACCAAGUGGAAGCGUCAGUCAGCUGCUGGUCUGGAGCUGCUGGCUGAGGCCGGCAGGAUCUUCCUGCCCACACACCACCUGUACCCUCCUGUCCCGCCCUCACUGGACCUAUACCUGUACAGAAGCCACGCCCACCACCACGCUGCCCCGCCCCUGCUGCCCCGCAUCCUGGCCCACACUGAACCGCAUCCCCGCUGA